AUUGGUUUUGGAAGGCUGUUGCCAACAUAGAACGAGCAGUCAUGAAAGCAUUGGAAAAGCAGUACAGUGAAAUUCUAAUGCCUCUGAAAGAUAGCAUCCCCAAAAAACUUGGAAUGCAUGUGCAGAAACUUACAAGAAGACAAUCCACAACACUUUAUUCUGUUCCUAUUCAAUUGGGAACAUUCCUGAAUACCAUCAAAAGAAUUCUCGAUAUUCUGCACUGCAGAGUCGAGGAUAUAUUGAAGGCUUGGGCCUCAUGUCUACCGAUCAUUGGAGAGAAAAAGUUAAUUUUUGGGGAACAAAUGAAUGGAAUUACAGUUAUGCUAAGAACAAAGUACACGGCUUAAAAGAAUACUCGAGGAAACCAAGGAAGCAGAUGGGGAAGCUGAGGUUCGUGAAAGGAUGCAAAUGCUAAGUUCACAACUCAUAGAUUCCAUUACAAACUUGCAUGAGGUCUUCUCAAGCAGGAUUUUUGUUGCAAUAUGUCGUGGGUUCUGGGACAAGAUGGGUCAGACUGUUUUGAAGUUUCUGGAGAGCAGGAAAGAGAACAGAAUCUGGUAUAAUGGAUCUUAUUAUGCUCUUGGGAUUUUGGAUGACACUUUUGCUUCCCAGAUGCAGAGAUUGCAAGGAAACGCCCUGCAACUGAAAGAUCUUGAGCCCCCUCGUUCAGUAAUUGAAGCUCGUUCUGUUCUUUGCAGAGACACACAAAAUACAACUGAUGCAUCCAAUUACUUCUAUUUCUAGUAGCAUGAAAUUUCAAUUUCUCAGCGAAGGAGUGUGCAGAAUGAGCUUUCACCUCUCAUUGCAGCUGAAUUUGUGACCAGAUGUUCCAUGUUUCAGUGUUUCUGAUUCAUUUCUUGUACAGCCUGUAGCUCCAUUUAUUUUCAUUAUCAUUUCUUUUGUAAUGAGAAAUAAAAUUAACACUGAAAAGGUAAAUCUGUACUUUAGAACAUUAUUAGUUGGCUAACCACAUCUAAUUUGCAAAGCCAUCAUAGUCAACACUUUUGCUUCGUUGAUAAUGCCAAAACAAACUACAUUUUUUACUCACUAACACCACUAAACUAACAUUUUUAAUCAUUAAAUCCACAUUUAACUAAGUCAAGGCAGGGAAGCGGCG